GAUUCAUUUUCGUACAAUAAAAAAAUAAUGUUAAAAACUUAUAGUUCAGAAGCAGCCUGAACGUGUUUUGUGGCCUGUCGUAAAGCAUCACCUCGCCCUUUAUUCUACUUUAAUUUCUUUUGUUUAAACAAUUAAACAUUUUUGACGCAACUCUGAAAUGAACAUUCUGAAUUUAAAAAAAGUUGUCUCCUCUCUAAAAAUAGCCUUCCUCUGAUUUCCUGCUCAUAAGGAUGUGUUCACUGAAUGGGUCUGUAAUGUCCGCGUCGACUUGGCACUGAUGCGCUGAUGAUGAGAGUAGCACUGGGAGGCUGGUACAGGCCUUCUUGGUACCCUGUGGGUCGUUUUCAUUGGUCAGGAUCCUCUUCCUCGUGCCUCAACGUGACAUCACAUCCACCCGACCCACUGGAAAGCAACGGAGAUUACAGAUGAUGCUGGACAUCUCAGGAGGACGCACACGCUUUUACGCUUUACGCAAAAUCGCUCGCCCACCGCUCUUUUUGCGCUUCCAGGCACCAAAAUAAAGGAUAUCAGCGCUGAUGCGUUGCGGUUUGGAGAGACUGCUUCUUGAACAGCUGAAGGAGGACUGCGCUCGGAGUUUCACCCUUUUUUUGUGAAUGGAGAUGAGUCGUGCGUAAAAAAUCUGGUCAUCGCAUUUCAGAGAGGAGCUGUCACUCUACCACCUGUUGGCAGGUGGUGUUGGCUUUAGCCGAGGACAUCUACUAUGACAUUGGGUUUGGAAAUCAUGGAGGAUAUUGUUAUCGACGUAGUAGGAGAAGGACUCAAAGACAGCGGAGAGGAGCAACUCUUACCUUCGGAUGAGUCGCGGAGCGAACAGGACGGGAGCACCGAGACGUCCAGCAGCCAGAGUAAAGAACGGGACGGUGUCAGUCAGGCUAAAACCAAAGGUCCAGCUUCAGUGAAGCCUCCAUACUCUUACAUCGCACUGAUAACGAUGGCGAUACUGCAGAGUCCAAAGAAACGGCUCACCCUCAGCGAGAUCUGUGACUUUAUCAGCCACCGCUUCGCGUAUUACCGGGAGAAGUUCCCCGCCUGGCAGAACUCAAUCAGACACAAUCUGUCGCUUAAUGACUGCUUUGUGAAGAUGCCCAGAGAGCCCGGAAACCCCGGGAAGGGCAACUACUGGACGCUGGAUCCCAACUCCUCGGACAUGUUUGAGAACGGGAGUUUUCUGCGGAGGAGGAAGCGCUUCAAGCGGCAGCAUUUUCGCUUCGAUCCUCUCAAGGAGCAGCACCUGGAGCCCAGCGGGCUGCACGGCUUCCCGCACGGCGCUUACGGCCUCGGGGCGGCGGCUCUGCAGCUGCCCAGUCUGGAGAUUUAUCCCUACCUCCAUCACCACGCGCCCUCGCCCUGCGGCCCCGCCACCAUCCCGCCUGUCAGCAGCAUCCUGCCGGCUCUCUCCAGCUUCUUCUCCCGCAGCGCCCUCACAGCCAAGGCUUUCCUCCAGGCGCAGCCCGGCAUCGAAGCCUUCUCCCCGGCACAGUGUACUGCUUACUCCUCUCCUUUGACGUCCAGUGUUGCCUACGCGUCCCCUGCGCUCUUCCACCCCACGGCGUCCCCGCACUUCCUCAGUUUACACCAGGAGUAUCAGAAAUUACAGACUCAGCGUGGCACCGUGGACCUGGUCAAACACAUCAACACUGCUAACAACGAAUAAUCAGUAAACAGGACUUUGAGCUCGUGUUUUCUCAGGUAACAGAGACGUUUUAAGCAGAAGCUCACAGUUUCUCCAGCGCUGGAAAUGUGAUGAAUCUGCUUUAAAAGAAUGUUGUAGAUAUGUUCAAAACUCCCCCCUCCCUCUCCCCCCCAUGGCUAAAAUCUUUUUUUUUUUUUUUUUUUUUUUUUUUUUUAAGCUGACGCCUUUUUAAUUUUGAUCAUGAAUUAUCAUCUUUGGCUGAAAUAUUUAAAGACGAAUUUCCUCUUCUUUUUUUUGGAAAGAAAUAAAAUUGAAUAUUUAAACAUUGCGUUCAGUUGUAUUUUGUGCAGCUUCAUGUCACAAUCUGAAACUACGAAUUAUUUUUUCUUUGUUUUUAUGUCAUGUUUUAACUUUGCUCUUAAAUCCAGUCAGUGGAUUUUGUCUGCUGUAUGCGCUGAUUUAACACGAGGCCCUCAUUCGUAAUAGUGACAGUAAAAUAAAACGCUCUUUAUUUCAAUGUUGGAUUAAACGUUGGAUUGCUUUACAAUCGAGGAACUGAAUUGAAAAAGAAUGGAGAAUAAUUUGGCAAUUAAAAAAAAAAAUAAGCUGCAGGUCUCACUUCUGCAUCAAAUAAUCCAUAAAUCAGACAACAACAAACAGGCCUGUUGCGAUCAUGAAAAAUACACGUUUGUCGUUACUUUCUGUGCAGACAAGAAUGUGAGUAAUUAACAACCACUGCGAUGCUCUGUUAGUAAUUGAUUAUAUUGAAAUAUUAAAAGAACAAUGCCAAAGCCAAUCUUGUAAAAUAAUAUUAAUUAAAAAAAAAAAAACGCUAAAACACCAUGUUGGAUAAUA